UCCGAAAAAUGGGUGGCUUCGUGCUGAAACUGUUUAUUAAAUUUACCUGGCUUAAAAGGUCAUCGUGAAGGCUCUAGUUUAGGCAAUCAUUACCUUCCUGGCAUACCACGACGUGAGCUUGGAGUAAGAACGCCAGGAUGGGAAUCUUACGUAAAGGCAUCUUGCAGCUGCAGCAAAUUUUUCAUGCAAACAGACGUGGUAUUAGUGAAUACGCGAAGAAGUAUGGACAACGCAUUGGAGACCAGGAAUUAAAACCCAGAUUGCACCCGGUUUCUCUCACAGUUCAAUUUGGUAUUGGCGCUCUACUGCUAAAGCAUGUUGUUGAUGAUCGAAAAGAGCAUUACAAAGUGUUCACAGAAAAUUAUGAAGAGGGCAGGGAGUAUUUGAAAAAUACAGAUUCUCUUAACAGAUUCCUAUAUAAGCGCUACCCAGAAGUUGACAAAUUUCUUGAAAACAAAGUGGGAAAUAUUGAUUUCUAUGAACCAACCAACAAAGAGAUUUUCAUCAGAAAAGACGUCAAAAUUACAAACGUUAAAGAUCCAUGAUAGACCCUAUGUUUAGUUUUAUAGUUCAGAAUAAAUCUUUGCUCCAUGUAA